UAAUCUUAUACAAGACACGUUCUGAUACACUAUUCUUUCAUCUUGUUUCCUUCUGUUAAGAUCAUUAAAGUCGAAUCCAUAGCAUACCACUUUUGACAUGUCUUCCUCCAAAGCAUCUGGUACUGUAAAAAACGCUGGUUCUUCAGCUCCCGGUGGCCCAAAAUCUCAAAUUAGACGUCGUGCUGCCGCUGAAAAAACCGCUAAAGAUGCCAACACCGGACCUGCUGGCCCUCGCGCUGCUGGUGCAGAAGGUUCUACUCCUACCUUGUUGAAGUUGUACUCUGACGAGGCUACCGGCUUUAAAGUUGAUCCAGUGGUCGUCAUGGUCCUUAGUGUUGGAUUCAUUGCUUCUGUCUUUGCCCUCCAUAUCGUCGCUAGAAUUCUGAAAAACUUUGCUUCUGAGUAAUUUGUUUUUUGAUAAUUUAUCCACUUAUUAAUCUUUCCUUUGGGCAUGGAAGCAUGGUCUUAUUUAAACGAAUUACAAAACGUUUUCUCUCCUAUUUACUCUUACACAUAGAUAGUUUGAGCGUAUCGUCCGUUUCAAUGAAGAAUAUUUCAUGAAUUGAUAUUCUACCUCUUGUUUGUAGUUUCCAGUUAGAGUUGAACUGUUUAUGAUAGAUUGUGGUUGAGUAGAUAAAUUUUAGCUGUAAGAUGGAUCCUACGAUACUUCUCUUCCUUUUUUUUUUAAAAAAAAAGAAAAAAAAAAGAAAAAGAAAAAAGAGAAUGCACUUCCUUCAACUUUGUAACCUUUCAACUAUCAACAUCUCAUACAGUUUGACAGGCUUAUUCAUAGAUCAA